GACACCAUUGGCGAUUGUACUGUUUACUUCCCACUGGGACCAGAGGAGAGAGACUUUCCUCAAAUAAAAUGUAUUCCCAUGGUUCAGAGAGUUUGAUUAAACAAGCCAGGGAGAUUCAAGAGUCGGAGCUCCAGAAGUUUUACAGCAGGCUGGUGAAGCAGCUGCAUGGCAGGGAGUUCGGCCAUGAGACCAUCGACUCCCUGCAGAGGCUGCACCUCAUCCUGUCUGCCACCAAGUACACCAGGACGCUGCCUCCAGAGCUUCAGAAGAAGCUGUUGUCGCUGCUCCUGUCUUCUUCUGUGGAGCAGCUGCAGGCGCUGAGCUCCGCUGUGCUCAGGGAAACACUGCCCCUCUCGGGACAGGAGUUGAACUACAACCAGGAUGCCAACAGCUCUCUGAACAGCCACACUGCUGCCCUACUGCUCUCACAGACAGGCUCCCGGAGCGAUCUGUCGUCUUUUUGCGCUCAGCUCCUUCGCAGCUUGGACAGCCGAUCGCCCGAAGGACCGGCACACUCUGUCCUGCACACCCUGCCGAUCCUCAACACCAUCCUGUCGCACAGCCCCGACUGCCUCACUGAAGAUCACGUGACCCUUGUGAGUAAGAAGCUUGUGGAUUGGCUUCGUUAUGCCAGCACCCAGCAGGGGGGUGGGACGUCCUCAGGAGGAUUCUUCACAGGACCCAGGUCGCGGCAGCCGGGGCCCAUUGCCGAGCUGGACGGGACGGUGUCAGGGGAUUUCUUCACAGUGCUGUGUGUUGGUCAGGGCUUCACCGAGGACCAGUGGAUGAAUGUCUACUCCUUCUCCAUGCUGCGUCACUGGUUGCUCACCUACCACACUGUUUCCAAUGGCAACACAACAGUAGACACUGCAAACAGGCUGCAGCUCAGCCUGUCCCUCUCCCACUCCCACUCCCACUCUAAUGACGACCGGUCGGAGGUGGACGGCUCAGUGGUCUCCGUGGUCUCGGCUACUUCCUCCUCCAGCCGGCUGCUUCCUCCCAAGGAGCGUCUGAGAGAAAAGGCCUUCCAGUACUGCCAGCGGCUCAUCGAACAGAGUGACCGCAAGGCACACAAAAGGACUGAUACAGACUUGCAGAAAGCGUGUCUGGUGGAGGCGGUAUGCAUCCUCGACUCUGUGUGUGUCGAAGACGCCUCUCUGGUCUUCAAAGCGUUCCCGUGUGUCAAGGGCCUCUAUGGGCGGCUCAGCUCCGAUCUGUCCUUCGCCAGGGUCCUGCUGCCCAUCGCACAGUUCUACCUCAACCACGGUGAGAUGGCGGCCGUGGACUGUGAGUGCGUGUGGAAGUUGGUGUUUGGCCGUUUCCCCGCCGAGCUCUUCAGCGACGCCUUCCUGGCCCACGAGCUGCUGCGCUUCCUCCGACUGAACCUGGCGACCCUGCAGCUCCGCGUUCCCCAGUACACACGCUCCUUCCCUAAUCUCCUCAAGUUCUUAGCGUGGGACAGCCCAGCGGUGGUAGACGACUUUGUGGAUCUGCUGCCCUCUCUGGUGACAGCCGGAACUGCGGUGGAGCUGCUCCACUCCCUGCUGGACCUGCCCUGUCUCUCUGCUACACUUGUCUUGCAGCUCAGGUCAACAUAUUUCCCCAUCGCUGAGCCGGGGGGCCGCGGUUUGCUGUCAUUAGAGGCAUUUCGAAGCCCCACCUACCGAGGGCUUUUCCUCUUCCUGCUCCGAGGGGAAGCAGGCUCAGGUGACACCAUUGACAGACUGAGCACACUCCACCAGCUGCUAGCCGAGGCCUCUGAUUGGCCGAGAGUCAUUCAGUGCGCCCAGACCGUCCCUGUGCUGUUGCACAUUUAUUUCAACACUGUCGUCACGGUGGCUGAUGAGAAGCUUCUAGCUCACCUGAUCUCAGUGCUGCUGGAGAGGAGCAGCCUGCUACUCAACAUCCCUAAAUAUGUCAAGGAGAUACACAGAGUGUUCAGCUGCCACCUGCUGAGGUUGUGCAAGCUCCGCCCCUCUCUGGUGGUGGACCAAUCUCACGAGCUGCUGGAGUUCGCUGGAACCACAGCCAAUGUCUACAGCAAAGAAGAAAUCUUCACACAUGUGGUGUGGGUGCUCGGGGAGUACCUGUCCGUCUCCUGUGACUCUCGCUGCUCCGUGGCGCUCAUCACUUCCUGCUUCGAGGCGUUGGAGGCGGUGCUGUUUGAGGUCACGUCGUCUGCUCCGCCCUCCGGAGAGGCUCGCCCCGCCCCCAGGGUCAUCACCUCUCUUAUGAGCGCGCUUGCUAAGCUGGCGUCACGCUCACAUGACCUCAUACCCAGGGUGUCCCUGUUCCUGUCCAAGCUACGGACCGUGACAAGAGGCGGGUCAGUGCCCUGGUGCUCCAAUGAGGAGGACCUUGUUGCCAUAGUAACACGAGGGGAGGAACUGUGGUCACUGCUGAAGGCUCCCAGUGUGGCUCAGAGUGUCCUGACACCGCCUCCCCAUGUCAACACCCCUCAGUGGCACAGAGACACCAACGUGGCCAUGCCGCUGCGACUGCGAGCCCUCACCAGCCUCACACACGCAAACUGAGACAGAUACACACACACACACAACCACGAUACACCUUCCCUGCUUUUUCACACAUAAAAACUCAAACAUCAUCCUUAUGCACUGGCACUUGAACAUGCAUCUGUAAAAUGCAAUGGGAGAUUCCUCAUGUAAUGGAUCAAAACAAAUAAUGAAGUGACUAUUGAAUCAUGUCCGAUCUUUUGCACCGUGUUUUGUAAAUAAAUGAAGUUAUUUGAUUAAAUCUGA